UGCAGGCAUUGUUUGGGCAGCUAUGACCCUCACAGGUUUUGAGGACCCUUCAGUCCACCAUGGCGGCGCCCGGUGGCACUCUGAAUUGUGAGGACUUUUUAAUGUUUCAGGAGGUGUUAAAAGCAAUGCGGACCUUUGAUGACAGGAUUGUCCACGCUCUCAACACCACCGUGCCCACGGUGUCCUUCUCAGGAAAAGUGGAUGCCACGCAGACCUGCAAAGAGCUCUACGAGUCUCUGAUGGAGGCCCAUAUGAGUAGAGAUAAAGCAAUAAAGACAUGUAUUAUAGAAACGUCAGAAGUUGUCGGGCGGUUACGUGAAGCGAGGGCGAAGGACAGCGACAACCUGUCAAUCAUCAAACAACUCAGGAAAGAACAAAACAAGUUAAAACUCAUGCAGUCUGAACUGAACGUUGAAGAAGUCAUCAAUGAUCGCAGUUUGAAGGUUUUCAAUGAACGAUGUCGAAUCCACUACAUCCCCCCUAAGAUCAAUUAAACCUCAGUGUCCUUUGGAGAGCUCUACAGUAAACACUGAGACGGCUGUGAAUCACAACUGGAGUGACUUUGGAUGCUGCUCUGGCAGACCGCUAUAAAUCCCUCUCAUUCUCACUGUUAGUCUGAACUCCUGUGUUUCUACAGUAACAUGAGACUUCUGCUCUUCAUACAGCUGUUGUACAAAAAGGAUUUUUAUAAACAUUUUUUUUUUCCAGUG